GGAUCUCCAGACCCUGGGGUGGAUUUGGCCCCUCCUCCACCAUCUCCGGGAACAACCAAAAAUUUAAUUUGGAAUUUUCCUGAGUAAACAAGUCUUUUGCUCAAUGAUGGAUUUAAUACGUAUAUAUUUUUGAAGGAUUUAAAAAAAACUUUUGAUUUUUGAUCUUCGUUUUUGUGACAGUCCCUCACCUGUACAUUUUUGUUUUUGUGAUUAUUAUUUUUCUUUCCACUCAUUGCUCCUUGACUCGCGAGUGAGAGGACUCAGGCUGAGAGCUCGCAGAGACAAUGUACCAGAGUCUGGCCAUGGCCGCCAACCACGGCCCCCCUCCGGGGGCCUACGAGGCGGGCGGCCCGGGUGCCUUCAUGCACAGUGCGGGCGCUGCAUCCUCGCCUGUCUACGUGCCCACGCCACGGGUGCCCUCCUCGGUGCUGGGCCUGUCCUACCUCCAGGGCGGAGGCGGGGGCGCUGCGUCCGGAGCCUCCUCCAGCGGCAGCUCAGGUGCGGCCCCGUCGGGUGCUGGACCAGGGACCCAGCAGGGCAGCCCGGUUUGGAGCCAGGCUGGAGCCGAGGGAGCCGCCUACACCCCGCCGCCCGUGUCGCCGCGCUUCUCCUUCCCGGGCACCACCGGGUCCCUGGCAGCUGCCGCCGCCGCCGCCGCGGCCCGGGAAGCCGCGGCCUACAGCAGUGGCGGCGGGGCGGCGGGCGCGGGCCUGCCGGGCCGCGAGCAGUACGGGCGUGCGGGCUUCGCAGGCUCCUACUCCAGCCCCUACCCGGCCUACAUGGCCGACGUGGGCGCGUCUUGGGCCGCCGCUGCCGCCGCCUCCGCGGGUCCCUUCGACAGUCCAGUCCUGCACAGCCUGCCCGGCCGCGCCAAUCCUGCCGCUCGACACCCCAAUCUCGAUAUGUUUGAUGACUUCUCGGAAGGCAGAGAGUGUGUCAACUGUGGGGCCAUGUCUACCCCACUCUGGAGGCGGGAUGGGACAGGGCACUACCUAUGCAACGCCUGUGGCCUUUACCACAAGAUGAACGGCAUCAACCGGCCCCUCAUCAAGCCCCAGCGCCGGCUGUCCGCUUCCCGCCGGGUGGGCCUCUCCUGUGCCAACUGCCAGACCACUACCACCACGCUGUGGCGCCGCAAUGCAGAAGGGGAGCCCGUGUGCAACGCCUGUGGCCUGUACAUGAAGCUCCAUGGCGUUCCCAGGCCUCUUGCGAUGCGGAAAGAGGGGAUUCAGACCAGAAAACGGAAGCCCAAGAACCUUAAUAAAUCUAAGACAUCAGCAGGUCCCUCCGGCAGUGAGAGCCUUCCUCCCACCAGCAGCGUUUCCAGCAACUCCAGCACCGUGACCACCAGCAGCAGUGAAGAGAUGCGCCCCAUCAAGACUGAGCCUGGGCUGGCAUCCCAUUAUGGCCACAGCAGCUCCAUGUCUCAGACGUUCUCUGUCAGUGCGAUGUCUGGCCACGGGCCCUCCAUCCACCCAGUCCUCUCGGCCCUGAAGCUCUCCCCACAAGGCUAUGCAUCUUCCAUCAGCCAGUCACCGCAGGCCAGCUCCAAGCAGGACCCUUGGAACAGCCUGGCCUUGGCCGACAGUCACGGGGACAUAAUCACUGCGUAAUGUCACCUCCCUCCCUCCUCAGAUUCCUGCAUGGUUGUGGGACUUCGAGAACAGCAGAGGGGAGGCGCUGGGCUCCCAGUGGCCGGCCUGCUCUGCUGGGAAUGACUCCAGAACAACUGGGAAGAAACUUGAAAUCGAUGAUUUGGUUACGGGAAGUGGGCGUAGGAUUUUAUCAGAUACCUUUUCAAGAUGGGGGACAGGGGAGAGCCC